AUGGCUGAAGUAAAAAUUCAUUCUGAUCAUUCUGGUCGGAUAGAAGAAAAAGACGACAAUGUGAACGUUUUUUCUGUUAGUAACUCUUAUAGCAAGGUUGAAUUACCAUUAUCGAACCAUAAUCAGAAUGCUCGACAGAUGCAUGAACAUAAUGAAACUAGUUUGAUGGGCAAUGUUAAGACGAAUUCUAUUCUAUUAGCAUCUUCAAGUCGAAAACAAACUUAUCAUCAAAUACCAAAUCUCAAAAUGAACAGUACAACAAACAAAAGUUCGAUACCCAUUGAUAAAUGGAAAACUUCACGACAACUUAUACCAAACUAUUUGAAAAUGUCUAGUCGUCUCUUCGUGGAUUUAUUAUGUACGAAUUUGGCUAGUCAUCAGAAUAAAAUAAAGCAUUGGCUAAUACAUACAAACUAA